CCUGCUGUAGAGUUAACACGGUUUGACACCCCUUUAACUUCCCAUUGGCUCGAUGCCAUGAAAUCCUGGGAGAUGUAGUUUUACAAAGGUGACUUUACUCGGGAAACUUAACUAGCACACCCUCAAGAGGGUUUGAAAUAACUACUGUAAUAAACACGAGUACAAUUAUUGUUAAUUGGUCUGAUAAUAAUUGUAAUAAUUAUGUUUUACAAUAAUUAUAUAAUAAUUAUAACAAAGACCACAAACAGCAGCACAGUGAAAUAAAGCAGGGAAUCAUAUUAUAAUUAGUCAUUAAGGGCCACAAAUAACAGCACAGUGAAAUAAAGCAGGAAAUAAUAUUAUUAAUGGAGCUCCCAGUGGUGCAACAGGUUAAACCGCUGAGCUGCUGAACUUGCUGGCCGAAAAGUCAGCGGUUUGAAUCCGGGGAGCAGAGUGAGCUCCCACUAUUAGCCCCAGCUUCUGCCAACCUAGCAGUUCGAAAACAUGCAAAUCGCAGAAGGGCCAAAGAAGAAAAGGGGGUUGCGGCAAGUGGAGGGAGAACCCAGGCAUUCAGUUUGACCUUCCUCACUUGAGUCCACUUCCACUGCUGUGAAGAGGGACAGCAAAGCUGGUACCAGUUCAAGGAGCCUAUUUUUAAAGGGGUUUACAAGAUUUCAACAGUGUAUGCUACGCACAAUAUACUAUCAACAAUUUGCAUCAGUAGGGCAUCAUUCACUUUUGAAGAUAAGGAAAUAAUCGCUACCUUCAACUCCAGGAUGCAAAAGAAAUAUUACAAGGGGAGUUCCUGCAAACGGGAGUCUGUAGCACUUACUGCUGUUGCAUUACAAGAUCACAUUUUACAUAAUCUUCAGCUCCAGAAUCUUUCAUUAGUAGAUCCUUUAAGGUUAAGUAAAAAGCAUGCAUACAGACCUGUGAACAAAGAGACAGUCAGAGCAAUAGUAGAUACUGGAGUGAAGAAGAAAACAAGCAGUCUCCAUCCAAAGAAUGAAGAUCCAGAAAAGGAAUAUGUCCUUGAUCCAUGUCCACCACCUCUCACUUUAGCUCAGAAAUUUGGACUGGUGGAUCUUCCUGCCAAACCAUUAACCAUGGAGGAAUGGGAGCAAGUGAAACAGCGAUCUAUAAAACAGGGAGAUUCUGUUCAGCCUUGUGCCAUAUGCAGAGAAGAAUUUGCACUUCAGCCACAGGUUUUGCUUUCAUGUUCUCAUGUAUUUCACAGAGCAUGUCUGAAAGCUUUUGAAAGAUUCACAGGUAAGAAGACCUGUCCAAUGUGUAGAAAAAUCCAGUAUCAGACUCGAGUAAUUCAUGAUGGAGCACGUCUAUUUAAAAUAAAGUGUGCAACAAGAAUUCAAGCUUUCUGGAGAGGAUACGUUGUUAGAAAAUGGUAUAAAACUCUGAGAAAAACAGUGCCACCAAAAGAUGCCAAGUUAAGAAAAAAGUUCUUUGAGGAAAAGUUUACAGAGAUCUGCCAAAGAAUAUUGAAUUCCUAUGAUACCCACAUAGAUGAAUUCUUCUCAGAGAUUGAUUCUGAUGUAGCCACAAGCCAGAAUGUGUUUCAGCAACUUGACAACACAUUUGGUCCACUUGUAAGUGAAGUUGAAUGGGAAAAGAUACAGAUGCAGGCUUUUCGCCAAGACAUUGUUGACUGCCCGAUUUGCAUUAUGCCACUGGGGCACCCUUAUCUUCAGGAUGAAAUCUCCCAAGACAGUGGCCCAUCAUAUUUCCGUCAGACUGUUCUGCUUUCCUGUUCUCAUAUUUUUCAUUGUACUUGUCUUCAAGCAUUUGAAGAGUUUUCCUUGGGGGAAAGACCUAUAUGUCCUUUAUGCCGUUCCUGUUAUCAAAAGAAAAUUAUCAGCUAAUAUUUUAAUAUAAACUACCAUAUUCGUAGUUCUUAAAAAUAUUAAAUUUUCAUCCAAUGUC